UUGAAGUGAGUCAUCUAACGACGUGACCUGUAGAAGACACUGAAGUUCACUUAGUCGCCAAAAUCAGUUCAACAAAGUCCAGAGCGGUACACUCAUCAUUGCCGUGAGUCACUGCUAUAGGGACAGGACUAAACCUACGAGAGCACCGAGUUCACUGAAGAAAAGUUAGGUAUAAAGGAAUCGAUUUGCUUGGAGGUGCUUCUUUUGCCUCUGAAGACACUCUGAUCGUGUGGGAAUUCAUUAUCAACCUUCUGAAAUCUCCUCCUCUUUCCCUGGAUCAUGUACCAGGAUUACACCGGGACAUACGACACAUCCUCCCGCGGCAGCAGCAGCUCACCAGCGCACCCGGACACCAGCCCCAUCCCCGCCUCCAACUACCAGAAGUACAGAGUAGACAUGCCUGGCUCUAGCAGUGCCUUUAUUCCAACAAUUAAUGCCAUAACGACCAGUCAGGACCUGCAGUGGAUGGUUCAGCCCACAGUAAUCACAUCCAUGUCUAAUCCAUAUUCCCGGCCUCACCCGUACGGCCUGUCUGUGUCUAGUGGCCCGAGCCUCCUCGGCCACACAGCCCUCACACGGCCCGGGGUAAUCCGGUCCAUCGGCGACACACGUGGGCGACGCAAGCGAGACGAGCAGCUCGCCCCAGAGGAAGAAGAAAAACGGAGAGUUAGACGAGAAAGAAACAAACUAGCUGCAGCAAAAUGUCGGAACCGCAGAAGAGAACUGACCGACUUGCUGCAAGGGGAGACAGAGAAGUUAGAGGAGGAGAAGGCUGACCUGCAGAAAGAAAUCGAGACCCUGCAGAAGGAAAAGGACAAGUUGGAAUUCAUGUUGAUGGCCCACAGCCCCGUGUGCAAACUGCCCCCUGAAGAACGCCAUCAGAGCUCGCAUUCCCAGCAGUGUACGCCCCUUCCUCUGACCAUGCGCUCCAACCUGGGUCCCCGGGGACUGAUGAGUACCCUCAACCCAGUGGUGGUUAAACAGGAGCCUUUGGAAGAAGAUGACGAUGAGGAAGAAGGAAAAAUCCAGCGUUCAGUCAUCAAGCCCAUCUGCCUAGGUGGCGGCAUGUAUUGUUCUGAUGGAGACAGCCUCAACACACCCUUGGUGGCAGCUUCCACCCCGCUGUCCACCCCAAACAACCCAAGCCUCAUCUUCACCUACCCCAGCAUGCUUGAGCCCGAGAGUCCUUCGCCAUCAUCGGAGUCCUGCUCCAAAGCCCACCGCCGCAGCAGUAGCAGCGGCGACCAAUCCUCAGAUUCCCUAAAUUCCCCCACCCUGUUGGCACUUUGAAGGAAAAUUUGAUCCAUUCUCGUGGAUCUCCAGAGCACCCUCAGCUGGGAUUUGAGUGAGGACUUCACCUCAACAAAGCUGAGAACCCUCAAGGGCUAAUUUGCUCAUUUUAUUUAAACGUUUCAGAAGAGAGUUUUUGUUGUCUUGUUUAAACGUAUGUGCAAAUUCCACUCGCUGUUUCAGCUACAAAUAGUGGUGAGUUUCUGGAAUGAAGAUGAAAAAAGCGGGAGUCGAGAUUUCAUCUUUAGCAAGACUCAGAGCAACUUGCAGUCGUCGGCUGCCUGUACAGAAGAGCACGAUAUUUCCUGCUGGCUGCCUGACUAAUAAGAGAUUGGAAUUGCUUGCAAAAUCGAAUUCUUGAUAGGUACAAAAUAAGACAUUGGACACUACGGUAGAUAGCUGCCCUCAAAACAUCUUUGUAUUUGUGACGUGUGAUAUGUGUCCCUUUGUAUUUUGUGUCCUGCUGUUUAUAAUAUUUCGGGUUCACUGGAUGAGCCUCACUGCUGAGUGUCGAAAGAACCGUCUUGUAUAAUAAAAUGCUGACCUUUGUUGCUAUUUUGUAUAUGCGGCACAAGCACUAAGAUCAUUUGCCAAAUUUACGUAGCUUUUGUUAUGUAAAGCAAACAAACAAACAAAAACAC